AUGAUGGUGGAUACCAUUGCCUCCAUCAGUUGGGAGAGACCAAGGAGCAAUAUGAAAGCUCUGGCGGUGCUUGCCGACCCUUUGGACAUGGUCCUUUCCCAUCUAUUGAUUGCCAAGUGCCGUAUCAGUGGCCAGGCCGAAGCUGCUAACAAUGGAGGCAAGUUGACACCUGUAAUGAAAGAGAAGCUGAAGAUGAUGAUGCAGAAGCAGGCACAGGAACAGGCAGAGGCAGAGAAAGAGGAAGUAGAGAAGGAGGAGAAACCAGAAGCAACCGCAGAGACGGAGGAAGAACCAGAGGCCGAGAAAGAGGAACCAGCGACAGCCGCAGAGAAGGAGGAGGAACCAGAGGCAGGGAAAGAGGAACCAGCGGCUGAGAAAGAGGAAUCAACGGCAGCCGCAGAGAAGGAGGAACCAGAGGCAGCCGCAGAGGAGAAGCCAGAGGCCGAGGAGACCGGGGAAAUCUUCACAAUUUGGCUGGUUGAUCACUUGAUGCCGGACAAGAGCUGGGAACCACGCAGGCUGACCUUACCGAAGGAGAAGUUGCCUGAAUCGAAGGAAGUCGAACUGAUUAAGGACACCUGGAAGGAUGAAAUUAAGCCAGGUGAACCUGCUGAAAUCCACGUCGUGGAACCCUACGUGGAAAAUUAUCCGGGUGCACCAUCCAUGCAUCUACUGCUGGAACGCAACCCACUCAGGGAGCAUAACCAUCAAGCGGCCGUUUUGCUUGAAAUCAGAACGCCUGGUUCUGAUACCGUGCACUGGAAAGCCCGAUUUGUGGCAAACCCAGCAAGCUUCACAAGCCUCAAUGCUGACAGUCAGAGUAUCAAAGAUGGCUCCAAAAUCACCCUCUUUGGUGACCAAAUCACUGACCAAAGAGCUGAGAAACUUUGGCCUGGCGACCUCCUGGAGGUCAGUGAAAAGCAGGACAAAGAUUUGGCAUUUGCGGGAUGGUCUGCUGAAGCGGAAAACCCAGGUGGCAUCUCAGACGACAUGAAGAAGAAAUUGGUGGCAGAAGCGGCCGAAGUCAAAACCAUCGAGAAGCAGCUUGAGGAGAAGGUAGAACAGGAGGCGGCAAGCAGCGAGGCAGAGACGCCAGAAGAGCCUGCUGAGAAGACAAUAUGA